ACACCGGAAAAGGAUUGACGCAAGUGCUGACGGGAUAGUAGUUCGUGGGUAGCCGGGUAUUAAUUUGAGCGUUGCUGGUGUACUCGCGGGAUAUUACCUCGUGCAUAGCUGUUGUACUCUACUGGUGGUUACCAUGGCUGAGAUAAACGAAAUUACCUUAGCAGACAGAGACUUAAAAGAUUGGGAUCCAAUGACUGAAGAUUAUCAUAAUAGAAAAUUUAACUCUUACCGAGAAGGUUUAGGAUACGACCUACAGAGCAACGCAAGAAAUCGAGAAGGGGACGUAAGCCAUAGCGUGGAAUUGUUCGUCACUGGCAUACCACUUCAUCUUGAUGAAGUUGGGCUGCGAAAUCUUUUUAUGCAGUAUGGCAGAGUACUCAAAGUGACCGUGCCAAAGAGUGCCACUGGACCACAGAAAUACGGGUUUGUUAUCAUGGCUUCUUUCCGGGAUGCACAAGCAGCCAUUGAAAAUCUGGACCAGUUUGUGAUUCAAGACUGCAAGCUUCAUGUCAAAGUGUCACUUUCAAAAGAAGAAAAAGAAAAACGCAAGAAAAGAAAGGAGAAUGAGGAGAAAUUGAUGGCUGUAAUAAGAAACAGCACGAAUGGAAAAGAGAGCAACCUCUCAUCAGAUAAGGAAACCAGUGGAGGGCUGUCAUCAGAGCAGAACCAGCUGAUCAAAAUGAGUGGAUCAAAAUCAACUUUAGAACAGAAAAUUCCUGCUGCUCGAGGAGCUGCUGGAGAUUCCAGAAAUAGGUUGAAAAAAGAGACAAGUGCAGUUGUUUCAGUUAGUGGCCAGGCUAAUCAGGUUUUGCAGGCAAGCUGUGGCCGUGGAAGAGUGCCAUCUCGUGAUACUGAUGUUCAGGCUUUAGUUUCUAAGACAGUAAUCAGCCAAGGUUUGCUCCAGUGUGCUUUCUGUGGUCAAAAGGCCUCAUGCAAAUGUACCAGGUGUAAAACUCGCUACUGCUCCAAAGAAUGUCAGAUAAAGGAUUGGCCACAGCAUAAAGAUAUUUGUGAAAUUAUGGCGUCUGAACUGGCAUCCUCAUUUGGUGAUGCCUCUGACUUUGAGGUAUAUGUUGGGGAGGAGAUUGUAAAUUUGAACAAAGAGAUCUUAAGCACCUUGGGUGAUGAUGGAUGUCAGCCAUCGCAAUCAUCAUCAGAACAGUUUCAUCAUCAGAAUAAAAGCCAACAAAAUAAUAAAGCAGAUCCAUCAAAAUGUCUAUUGCCAACUGAAAGACGAUCACAGUUAUAUCCCUCAGAAAAGAAGGGGCUUCUGCCACAUCCUUCCGGUGAUCAUAAAAAUAGGCAGACAGGUUCGCUGUUGCCAACACCUACAAGUUAUGAAGAUAUUUCAAAGAUUCAUCAUUCCUACCAAGAAAAAAAGAGAGGUCCCAAUAAUGGAGCAGCUUGGGGGCAGUCCCAAGGACAAAACCAGAAAAUAAAGGAUUACAAGAAAUUUCAGCAAAAAGAGGAAAAGACUGUACCUCAGAAUUAUUCGUGUGGUAAAAAAUCAUCAUGGCCUCAACAACCUUCUGCUCAGCAAACACAACAAGUACCCUCCAAUCAGAGGAAAGAAGAGAUGUGGCAGGAAGAAAAAAGCCUUAAAAUGAAAACUAGAGACUGUGGGGCAGCAAAACCCUCGGCUAGUAACCACAUGAUAGGGAAGUCUGUUCUAAGUGAUAGGGAAGACAAACAGCUUGCUGUUACAAUUUCUGACAGCUCUCAGCAAGACCUUGUUCCUGGAUCAGAUGAUAAAGAUGUGGAGCAGAGGUUCAAAAUUGGAGAGCCAGUGCAGGUUUUGGUAGCCCACGUGGAAAACCCAAGUUCCAUUUGGGUGCAGAAGCUUGAUGAGCUGAAGGCACUGGUUGAAACCCAGCAGACUCUGAAGGAACAUUUUAUUGGCAAGAAACAGGAUCAUUUGGAGACAUUUAAGAACAACGAUUUGUGUGCUGCCAACUACCAAGGAGACUUGUGUCGUGCACGUGUUGUCAAGUUGCUUGGUGGACACAAAGCCAUCGUUUUCUUUGUGGACUAUGGUAAUACUGAGAAAGUUAGUGUGUCGGAACUUCUGCCUUUACCACCUCAAAUGGCAACUUUUCCAGAUUUGGCUAUUCAGUGCCAGCUGGACAUUUCUCCAUUUGACAAAAGCCAUCAGUGGCCAGAGGAGUUGACUGAUGAUCUAAGAAAUCAAUGCACAUAUGGUGACAAGUUUACUGCCACUGCACUUGAGCAGAAGUCUGACAUCACUGUAGUUACGCUUGUUCGAAAUUCAGAUAAUCUGGAUGUGGCACAGUAUCUCCUACCAAAAAUUAGUGCAAAAGUGGGUUUGGUGAAAUUGUCUGCUGAAGGAAACCCUAGUCAAAGAGCAUCAGUAUGCCAUAGCAGAAUUUUUGCUUCUGAGGUGGAGACUGUGGCACAGGAGCUUCACAUAGGAAACACCUACAGUUUCCUUCUUAUGGAAUGCACAAAUCCCUUGAACUUCUACAUGCAGGUCAACAGGAAAACAAAUCAUUUUGAUUUGCUUGCCAAGGAAAUUCAGCAGAUGUACGAAAGUCCCAGCCAAGAGGUCUUCAGGCCUGAGAUUGGAGAACUUGUAGUAGCAAAAUUUACAGCUGAUGAAAAGUGGUACCGUGCUGAGGUUCUUAAUGUGGAUGGUACACAAGCGAAAGUUCUAUAUGUUGAUUAUGGUAACUCUGAGAUGUUGGACCUUAAGAGACUGCAGCCCAUCCUGCCCAAACAUACGACUAUACCCUUCCAGAGCUUCCUCUGUGCAGUAGCAGGAGUGAGCGCCCCUGCAUCACAACACUGGAGUACCGAGCAGCUCGAGAUUUUUUUGUGCACCAUAAAGAACUACAUGGAGCCAUUAGAAAGCAAAGUUUUUACAGCUGUGGUAAAAGGCAUAGAAGCUGGCUUGGUUUGGGUGGAUAUGAGUAGCAGUCGUCGGGAGCAGACACUGUCAGAAAUUCUCCCAUCUCUUCUGGAUGAAGCUCUUCUUCCUCAGCCUCUGGAGCCUUUCCACCUACCCUUAAGCCCCCCUGGCACUUCCUCAAAGCCUCCUUCUCUAAUCCAUUCCCCUGCUUCUCCUCAGCUAUCUGGUUCCCCUGGCAUACCAGAGAAGAUGACUUGUGCUGUUCAGCCCUUGUCUCCAAGCUCAGUGUUCAAUCACACAUCGAAGCACAGUCCAACCCAUAAAGCCAUAACAGACAAAACUACAUCUCCCCAUAUUUCUGGAGAUACCAACUCUGCUAUGCUACCUCCAGACUUUGUCAACUGCGGACUUACAGAGAUUAAUGGAUGCCUCGACUUUUAUGCUGUCACUCUAGAUUCCAUGGAAGAGCUUGAGAUGUUGAGGGGUGCCUUAAACAACCUUGCCCAAGACCCCCAAAGUACUUGCAUCAGCCAGAAGAAGCAGCUUGAAGAGCUGGUGUUGGUACAGUUUAGUUUGGAUGAAGAGUGGUACAGGGGCCGUGUAUUGUCCUUGUCAGCAGAUGGUGCUACAUGCAAGGUACUUUUCAUUGAUUAUGGCAAUAUUGAGGAAAAGACAGUAUCCUCUCUCCGCGUGCUUCCCAAACGCUUUAGACAGAUGGAGGCAAAAGGCAUACAUUGCUGCCUGGCACGGCUCAGCCCUCCUGUACCCAGUGAAGUUGAAAGCAUUUUUCUUAAGUACAAACAGAUGCAUUUUAAGUUAAAGGCUGUGGGUGAUGCAGGUGGUAAGCAGAUUGUGGAGAUGGCGAGGCUUGAUGGAGCAUCUGUCAAUGACUUGUUGAUUGAUAAAAAAAGUGCCUUGGGUUUUAAAGAGACUGAAAGCCCAUCUGUACCUGCUCCAUUGGAGUUGACAGUUGCAUCAACUAAACUGAUGCCAUCCCUAGAGCCAGAGCCAGAUCAAGACAUGCGUGAGAGUAGGCCGACUCUGGCUUGUUUGUCAACAGCAUUUCCCCAGGAGAUGGAGACAGAUAUGAAGGCAGUGAUCACUUACUCAGAAGAUCCUGGUCACUUCUUUUGUCAGACAAUAACGCAAGCAGAUGUACGUGGGAAUUUAACACAGGCCUUGGCACAGGUCGAUGCAAAAGCCCCUGUCGCUACUUUACCUGAGGUUGGUGAUCUGCUGUGUGGCAAGUUUGAUGGAGAGUGGAACAGAUGUGUGGUAAAACAAAUCUUGAACGAAAGUCUUUGCCGUGUUCAGUUCAUUGACUGGGGCAACGAGAGUGACAUUGGCCUAGAAAAUCUGCGAGCUUUGCCAGAGAGUUUUCAUGGCAUUCCUUUGUCCACAUUCAAGUGUGCAUUAUAUGGUGUUAUGCCAGUUGGGGGAGCAUGGGCUCCAGUGGCUUGCAAAAUGUUGAAGUCUAUGGAACUAGGACAUCUUACCAUUACCAUUAGUGUGCAAGAAAUCGUCAACAAUAUCUACCAUGUUACAGUUGUCUACAACCAAGACGACUUGGCAGACACAUUUCUGCGACAAGGAAUUGCUGAGAAGGAGAGUGAUUUUCUGAAGCGUAAAAUUGAAGAAAUGCAGGCCAGGUUGGCCAAAUGCAAGAAAUAAAGAUAGAGAAUGUACACUUUCUGCGGCCCCACAGCCUCCUCUGACAGCAAGUAAACUGGUAUGGGGCAGUUCUGCAAAAGCAUUGUAAACUACUCUGUGGCAUUGUCUAGGAGCAUGCUUUGCUGCUGCAACAUGCAAACUGUUGCCAUCUAAAAGCCCUCCAGCUACUUUUCAGCUGGACUAGUCAUGUAGAAGUUUCAAAAGUAUCAAACCUGUCAUACAAAGCAUCAGCAGUUUUUAUCAAUUUUUUUUUUUUUUACACAUGUAAUUGGUAAUGUCACAAGACUUCUUUUAAAACUUAUUUGAGGCAAGAAUUUGUUAGACCACAGCUGAAAUAGCUUGUAGUUUAAAGUUUUGUUGGAAUGAUAUAAGUUUACUAUCUUAAAUAUUAUGUUACAGAGCAUGCUUGUAAUCUGCAGUUAAAGCUUCAUUUAUAACCAAAAACUUUUAAUGGCAGUAGCUGGGAACAUUAGAAAAAGCUUCAAAGUGUGUGUAACAUUUGCAUUAUUGUUAAUAAUAGUAUGUUACAUGUACAAAAGAUCAUAUGAGGGAAUAGGAUCCAGAUUGAAUUGUAUGAUUCGCCCUUGUAGAAAUAACCCUAAUCUCCUGGCCACACGAGGAAGUGAUGUCAUUGGUCUGUGAUGGAAUUGUUGAGAAACUAUCUCUUUGAUGUGGUCAUGAAAUAGUGCAUACAGCGCUUAUCUAUGGUACUAAUAUCAAAUGUAAAAUAAAAUGACCAAUAAUCUAUAUUCCACAUAGCACCUGCUACUUCUAACUAGGGCUUGAGACACCUUAAAAUGAGAACUGGUGGAACUGUUGGACAAAGAGUAUUGAAAACAAGUUGUACUGAACAGAAAAUGUCUGUCUGGAGAUUUGUUCCUGUAACUUGAUCGUUAACAGUGAGAAAAAGCAAAAGUAAAAAAUGGUUAAUGAGCCAUGCAUUUUCAAGAUGCAAAAUUUUUAGACUUACCACUGCAAUGGCCAAGGUGAAUUUUGUACUCUUUUAUUAAUGAGUCACAAAAAUCUAUAAAAUUACAAAGUCAUCACUAAAAUUCAUAAAAUACACUGUUUAGCUUUCUACAUUUCAAUGUUGCAUCUAGAGUGGAAAAGUACUAACAGUCUGUUUAAAAUACCAUUAUCUUUAUCUAAGGCAACAGAUUAAAUUGCUUAAAUCUGUACACAUUCUUUUGCAGUCUCCAAUAUUUUGGGUCUUUAAUUCUCUUGGCUUCUGCAAUUAACACCAAUACUUUAUUUAUCUUUGCAAAAGUAAUAUGCCUUCAGAAUUCAAUACAAUGUCAGUCUCGUGUCCACUCCAUGCAGUCCAUACCUGUGUGUACAUCUACACAUGUACACCUAUACAAAUUUUAUACAACACAAAUUGGUAUGUUAGCCUUGUAAGUUAAAAAACCCGUGUGCUACUGGAAUAAAGGAGCGUAAAACACUUCUGCACUGAGAUGUCAAUCUAGCUGAAGGUCCUCUGCACCGACAUGAGGUAAAUUGGGCUGAAGGUGCUCUUUGGAUGCAGAAGGGUGGUGUGCAGAGGGUGCUUUGGAUGGAGAUUAAUGGACCUUACCUCGGUUAGCUGGUUUCCAUUCUGGAUGGGAUACAUUGCUUGGAAAAAUGCUUCCUGUAUGAACAUGGUUUCUUGCCAAAAUCAAGGCAGGUAUUAUUUUUGAAACGGUUCCAAUGUCUGGCUGAUGACCGACAUUUCAUUUUGUUGCCGCAGUAACCAGCAUUAUCUUUGAAACAGUUACAUUGUCUGUGUGCUUGCAGCAUCAGAUGUAAAAAAAAAAAGGUUCAUAUUUUGAUGACACUUAAACAGUUUCCAUAUUUGUGGAAGAAAUAGAUUGCUGUUGCAGGUUACUGCACUGAGCAGUUAGUCCUCAUCUACUGCCUUGAGGAAGGAAAUCUUGGGUGUGUCUUUUUGAAAUUGUUGCAGAGUUAAUUUAAUCUUCAUUGUUCCUUUCCUGUUUAAAGUUUUAAGGGUCUCGACUUUGUGAAAAUGCUUCUGGUGGAAGUCUUUCCUGCCAAGUUCACUAGAUUUUGACUUUGCAUACAGGGUAACAAAGCACGAAGGUGGGUUCAGCCUUUUUUAAACCAGGAGUCAGGCAUGCUGAGAACAGUGUUUCAUAUUGGAACAAUGUUAUGGAAAGAGGAACAUCAGGCAGAUAUUUCUUCACAGUGUAGGCCUUUUCAUUUUCCUAAGUUCCCCCCCCACCCAAAGAAAUUGUCCAUUUCACCAGUUUUCAUAACCUAAAUCACCUGUUCUAAACAUAACAGAAACUAAAAAAUUGCAUUGGUAAAUAUUUCUCAUGCUCAAUACAAAAUUAAAAAUAAGUGUACAAAAAACUAUUUUGAAGUAACUUUCUUCAGAGACUAUAAGAAAUGGAAAGCUAUCUCUAUCCUUACUAUAUGGCAGCAUCAAAAACUAAGAAGUGGUUUGUUUGAUGACACUAAAAAAGUUUCCAUAUUUGUGGAAGAAAUAAGUUGUCAUUGCUGCACUGAGCAUGCAAUAACCAAAUUACAAACUAACAUUUUAUAAGGCCAUGGUUGACUACUGUCAUCGUAGUUCCCAGGAGUGGGAAGGCACUGCAGCAUGGCGAUUUCAGAACAGAAGUUCAUUGGUUCAAAGCUCACUCACCUGAAAACUUCCCCAUACUCCAAGAUUGGGAUCUAACAUCAUAGGAGGUGAUAGAAAGCAGGCAGAGGUAAAUGCUCUGUUUUGUGUGUGCUGUGCCCUAGCCAUGACAUUCAUGGCCCUUGUGGCCAACAGGUUGUGAGCUUGUGUCACACACAAACUGAACUUGUACACCUCUACACGCACUCACUCAUUCAGCUGUGACAUUUGCACAUUCUUAGACAAAGACAACACUAAAUCUGCCUCUACACAGGCUGUCAAAAAUUUAAUAAAACUAUUAUCCAACACACUAAACGUUCUUCUUAAAGAAAAGUCCCUCAUUCACCCUCCACUGCACAUACUAUCUCUAACUGAAUGUAAAAAAAAUAUCAAUUUCUUCCUAUAUAAAGUCAGCGGCAGUCGCCAUAAACCCACAGUCUUUUACUCACGGUCUGAGAUUUGGCGUUCUUGUAAUAAAAUCGCAGACAACAUUGCUUCCACAUAAAUUGAAUCUUUCACUGAAGUCGUCUUGAAAAGGUCGGUGCGAUGCAAACUUUCGCAAGUCGUGGCUGAGCACUGACUCUUGGGUCAGUGUUUGGUUAUGUCCACUGGAGAUGGACACCUCCCCUGGGGGAAACAGUGCAACUCUCGUGGCUCCCCGUAAAAGUCUCUCAGUCAGGUGCCUCCUCUGGGGGACGGGCAUCCUAGGUUCUCACGUCGGCUCUAGGGUUGACGGUGCUGUAGCUAACGUAGACGCUUCCUCUUGAACAGAGCUCUCGUUUCUGCUAUCUUGAUAAUGGCCGAUUCGGUGUGUAGUCCAGCCCCAUCUUUCUUCCACUUAGAGUGUCUCGGCACUUCCAGUUUCUCUUUGCAAUAAAGGCCCCCGUAGGUUGGCGACUGCUCGCUAUAAAUUCUUAUUCCUAACUCCUCUAGAACAUUCUCUCGCAAAAACUAGCUCACAUUCAACCGGCCCGUGCAACCCAUUUUGCCGGCACAAUACAUGCUCACUACAAUUCCGUGCAUCCUUCAUUUCUUUCAUUCAUCAUGUCACCUGUCACUUUUUUUAAUUCUGCUGGCGAUGUUUUGAUCAGCAGAACUGCUUUCUCUGAAGUACCUGUGCCUGUGAAGCAUAUUGAAAAUUCUAAGAUGGCUUAUUUCAAGCAAUUUCAUGGGCAUUAGUAAUGAUAACCUUGCAAUUAAACUUGUAUAAUAAAGUAAGAAAAUGUAUUAUGCAUGGCAUACUGAAAAGCUAUAUAUAUAGGCACAGGUACAAUUUACAAAAAAUUUUAUAACAACAUUGCAACAUGUUAAUAAUAACGACUUUUCAAAAAUUUGCUCAGAGCGCAUUACAUAAAUCAUGUAUAGACUAAAUCAUUAGCACAUACCAGACACAAAUCUACAACAUACACAAGUGAAUUGCACGUUAUGCGUGCUCACAUUAAGAUACCCCACAAAGUUGUCAUAGAUCAAGGCAUGUCAUACUGAUUGACCAGUCUUACCAUGGAUGAGAUGGAAAAAUACCCUGGUGAAUAUUUUGCACCAGCUAUCAAAUUGUAUGCAUACUUGUGCAAACUGAAACAAAUCUGAAAAAUAACAAAAAUCGGUGCAAGUUUUUUUGUAAGAAUAAUGUCAAUACACUCCAAUUGGUACAUGAUAUGACCUGCUCGAUUCUUAAGCAGUGAUUUGAUGCAAUUUGGCACUGAAUCCACCAAUUUUGAGCAGUCUUGCUGGAUAUACUUUGUACCACACUUUUAUGAAGGCCUGAAUCGACUUUUCCUUGGUAGUGCAGUCCACGCAAGCGUUGCUUGCACAUAGACAGUUUCUUAAUGUGGUUAGGAUCAGAAGAGUUUUCAGGCCGUUGCUGUGAUUUUAUUUGGUUAUCCUUGAAAAAAUUAUUGACUUCUUUUGCAGUAUGACAUGGGGGCAGAUAAUACUGGAAAAUGCUAGAUCAGUCAGGGAAUAAUGUGUAAAGGUCUGGAACAAGUCUUCUGCCAAGCAGCUCAAUAUAUUGCUUUCAGUGCGUCAUGCCAUUGACUGUGUGUAAGAAACCAAUGCCAUAAUAGCUAAAACAUCUUUUGUGGGUGUUUCACACGUUGGUCGAUGUGGGCAUUCUGCAUCUUUUCACCAGGUGACCAAACAUUGUGACUAUGCUGCUUCAUUAACGAAGAAAUGAAAACCAAUCUCUAGUCUUCCAGAAUCUAGUACUUGUAGUUUAGUCUCCAUUUGUAGGGCUUUCGUCGGGAGUUGCUUUAUUACUGGUCUAUAGGAUUUUUUACCUACCUCCUUGAGGUGCCUUCGAAUGGUUGAUGAACUAAUUUCUAUUCCUUUAGCCCUCAAAUCAUAUUGGUUUUUCUAGGAUCUUUUACACUUUCCCUGGUCAAGUAGGUGACAUCUCCAUGUAGUUUUGCCAGCCCACUUUAUCUCAGCAGAUCCUGUUUCAUUCUUCAUUUUGAAAUGCAGCUCAAAGAUGUUAUUAGCUUUAAGUACUCGGAGAAUCAUCUUUUCAAAGCUGUUGCUCCAUGACAAAGCUGCAUUACGACUGUAACAGCAACAGUGGCUAGGUUGGACAGUCUGGUUCAGCCAUAACAUCAGGUUUACUACAAAAUCCAAUCUUUAGAAGUGUCUGCUUUAUGGAUUUGAAAUGUCUGUUUGCUGAUGUGGAGGGAAUAAUUUAGGGAUUCAAGAACAAGUGCCUAAGGAGGAUGCUCCACAUCUCGUAAGAGAGCAUAAAUCUAACUACUUUAAAUGAAGCAUGACGACACUUAAAACACCACGAACCCCACCUUGCAACAGUUAUGCAGUGUAAACGGAUCUAGAUUGGUUAUGUGACCCACCAUGAAGAGUUAUCUUUUAAUGUGCUUUAGACGAUGGUUGACGCCACGGUGGUGAAAUAGAACUGAUUACAAAUGUGAAAGAGUAGACUGGAUGGGGCCUUAUCAGCUGUGUCUAUCCUCAACCUCCCCAGUGACCAGUGAUGGAUUUUACCUACUGGUAUCGAACAUCUGCAGCUAGUUAGCAAGAGGGAGAUCUUUGUACCAUUUCGAAAACUGCAACUAUACUCGUCUGCUGCCACAUGGUACUUUAGUAGAGGGAAGUCUUGAUUGUUAACGAUGAUUAUCAACUUUCUGAAAGGCAUCUGUUAGGAUGUGAUGUGUGUUAAGAAGACGUGCAUGUUGAUUAAUUGUAAAUCUCAAUAAUUGACUGAAGACAUAGUCGAAUUUCUGUAACUCAAAGCUUCAAGGGACCGAUAAAAAGAAUCGAAUUAAGGAAGUUCGUUGAAAACAAAAUUUUUUUCCCUGUGGAUGUUUAAUUUUAACCAAAUGUUCAUUUCUUGUCAUUCUUUUAAAGACACUGGCACCAUGCGGAGGCGUGCUUAUUGCACACGUGUUUCCUAUACAGAAACGGAGCACAGGGUCGAUGGGGAGGAGUACACGAUUUUACACUUUCCAGUGUAUUUUCAAAUGAUUUUAACAUGCUGACUGGCUUAAAAUUAUUCGAGUUGUGAAAGUUAUUGGCAAAGCCGAUUCAAGCUACAGAAGUUAAAUAUGCAUUGAUUUGAUGGGAAACCAACCACUUGGUGUUAAAAAUUUCAGUUAGGGAAUUUCAACAUAAGGAAGGUCAACUUACAUAAGUUCUACUGUAUAUGGUACUUAGUGACAUACAAAUGGUGCCACUCUUGAAGAUUCAACAUAUCUGCAGAUGGCAGUGCCAGUAAUUAAACAAAAAAUUUAGUGUAAAUUAUUAGAAAGGGAUUUUACUGGGUUCAUUAUUUUGUCAAAUAGCCCCUGUAUCUGAUGCAAGCCAGAAUUUGUCUUGGAAAUGAGUUGUACAAGUUUUUGAUGUAUUUCACAUCACAUCUGCUCUGUAUGAGCAGUUUGGGAGGCCAGCAGUUAUGAUGCUCAGUUAACGGUGAACACUUUGAAUCACUUGUUUGCACUGCAACAUGUACUUAGCACUACUCAUCAUGAGUGGUUUUUCACCGUUUAUUAGCCAUCUUUCUGCAUAUUUACAAUUAACUGCUGCCUUGGCUAAAAUUUGGCUUUAGUAUAGUUUAAAAUCAUCGAUUUGAUAUAUCUAAAUGAAUGCAAACAACCAACAGUUGCAAUAUUAUGCAAGGUCCCCCAUGGCUUUUAAGAGGUGAUGGGGUUCCUAAACAGUUUUAAUGAUCAGCUCUUAAAAAAAAAUGCAUCAACACAAAAAAAAAGCAGUGGCGGACACCCCCUCUCCCUUUUCACACACAUCCAUGCUUGUGAUUAAGAAAGACAAAUGCAUUCUGGGAUGACUAUUUCCUGCCACCUUUUUUCAUUGGGAAAAAAGAAAAAGCAUUUUCAAGCAGCAUUCAUAUUUUUGUCUAUAAAAUUGUUGUAUAAAUGCAUGUGUACAGCCCUUAAUACACUAAGAAUCAGUAAAAUAAGAUCUACUGGCUCAUUUUGUUGAUGAAUGAAACGUGUUGCCUAGCACACUAAUUCUUGUGACCAACAAUUUGUUAACAAUUUUCCCACACUAUUGAAAUACAUAGAUGGAUGGUCUUGGCAAGGGGAGUGGAGUUGGAAAUCUAUAGCCUAUGUAAUUGCGCUGCUUCACUCCAGGUUUUGUGUGUGCAAAGUUGCCAAUGACUUAUUCAGCAUGAACUGUGAUGCAUCCACACACGGGAGGCUCCAAUGUGGUUACAGAGAUAUUUUCUUUAGUAACACAAGGUCAGAGUCUUAGAUGUCAAUCCAUUUGUCCUAAGAUAUCGUUUUGCAACUGGUGAACACCUUGAGGAUCAACACCAGGUAACCGUUGGCUUUUCUCACAUUUAGCCUCUCUCCAGUUUUUUGCACCAUUGCUUUGAGAUGCUUUUUGUGAAGAGUUUGUAUGGCCAUGAAACUUUGAAAAAAAAAAGGUGCAUUGAUGAAAUUUCUCUGGUGCUUUUUACCCCAUUGAUUUACUUCCGCAUAGAAAAUCCAAGUGCAUGGUGGGAAACAGUGUUUGCAGGAUUUCCUUGAGACUUGGUCUAUUGGCAUUGUGAAGAGGUGGAAUCGCUAUACAUUUUGGAGGAUUUUUAUUUUCAGGAAUGAAAAGAAAACAAAGCUGUUUCAGUCUAAAGUAUCUUGUUGCAUCAAGCAUCAGAUUUGCUGAAAUUGUGGCAAAUGUGGAUCGCUUUGAUUUUUCUUUUAACAUAUUCCUCAACUUGAUGGCUGACAAUACACAAAUAAGUUUAGCCUAUCAGGCUACUUUGUUCACUGCAACGGAGACUGAGCAUCUGACCUCUGUUGUGUAAAUCAUGUUUUGGCUAUAGUGAAUGUAUUUCUGUCCAGGUGAUUCAAGAAGGGCGUAACGAAAGCUAAAAAACAAAUAUCUGCUGCACCCUAGUAAUUUUAUGACGUAGGUGAUGUUCCUGUAUUAAGUUCACUGUUUCUUGGGAAGUUUUGUUGCCUAGCUUUGAUGGCUCAGAAAAUGGAAACAGCAUAUUGUACUGUUUGCAUUGAUUUCAACCUUCGUGGUUGUAGUUUUCACAUAACUAAUGCACGAAGUUUUUUCCCAACUUCAAUAUGUUUAUUUCAUUGUGAAAUACCCUCAUUCAGUCAUCAAGUACAUUGAGGGUUCAUUUUAUUUUGUCUGAUGCUGAAAAACAUUAAGGUUGUAGCAAAAGUUGAUGUUAAAUAUUGAUGUUCUGAGAUGUUUUUAUUGCUGAUUAAUGUUGAGUGAUACUUCUAAGCCUGUUAAGAUUCUUUAUCUCCUAAGUAAACCUCAAGUAAUCUGCAACUGUUUUAUCUGGGGCUUUUUAGGAUGUAAAGUCCCUUUUUGAGAUUUUCUAAACCCAUUAAAAAUUACUUUGAAAAGCAAGUCUAGGGGAAGCUUUGUCUUAUUCACCACAGCUUUAUCAUGCUAUCAUUAUGGUUUUCAUUAUCAUCAAUAUUGGCUUAGACUUGGCCAGAACAAGUAUUGAGAUUAUAUUUGAGCUUGACACUUAUUUUUUAAUUCAUCCUUUGAAAUUGUGCAUAUUUUUUGGUUGUUUGAAAGUAUUAAAAGACCUGCAUAGGUGGAACUUGA